GUGUGUGUGUAUGUGAGUGUCCUCCUCCCUCAGUCUCUCCAUGGCUGGAUUGUGGCAGCAGCUCAGCUCCCUGCGGCAGGGUCGAGCUCUGGCUCUCCUCCACCUCAUCUGUCUUCUCUACCUACCCUCAGGUGCUCUUCCCUGGGAUACCAAAGCCAGCCCACCCCCUCUGGAGGGGUUUCAGGUGGUGAAGGGGAAUUUCUCUCGGAUUUUCCUCCGCGUUGGCUACCAUAAGAUUGCAGAGAUUCCUGCAGGAGCACGCAACAUCAGCAUACGGGAGACGAGAAAGAGCCGAAACUAUCUGGCUCUGCAGACCCAAGGUGGUGUCUCCAUCAUCAAUGGCAACUGGGUGAUUGACAGGCCGGGGAUCUUCACUGCUGUGGGAACACAGCUGACGUACCAACGACCCAAUGAAAUCCGCUCUCGCAAUGGAGAGUCCAUCACUGCACCUGGGCCUCUGACUGAGGACCUGCAUGUUUAUUUGAUCUACCAGCAACCAGGUCCCAGUGUAUACUAUGAAUACAGUGUGCCUUUACAAAACACACACCCCACUCCUGAGCCAGAUGCACCUUCUGAUAUUCUGCCCCUUGUAGGCCCAUCCCACUCAAGUGAGGAGGUCCACCAAGGUGACUUCACCAACAAUGACAUCAUCAAAGAGAAACCCCACCCUAACCAGGUUCCCUCUGACCCCAGCGUGAACUCUGACCCUCGGCCCACCUACACCUGGACAAAGAGUGGGCGCACAGAGUGCAGCACGACCUGUGGCACUGGCAGGCAUCAGGUACUCUGGGAGUGUGUUGAGAAAGAUUCCCAGGCGACUGUUCCUGCUGACCUCUGUGACCCUGCCCUUGAACCAACAAACCGGGAAGAAGACUGCAACAUCCAGUCCUGUCCUGCAUACUGGGACGUGGGGGAGUGGUCAGAGUGCAGCAGGAGGUGUGGACCCGGCACUCAGCACCGUCAGGUCAUCUGCCGCCAGGUCACUCACGCUCAUGCCAAUGGGACUGAGACCUCAGUUACCGUGGCACCAGAGUUGUGUGGGACGCCUGAUAGGCCGGUGACUAAGUCUACAUGUCAGCUGAAGAUUUGCAGCCAGUGGGAGAUACGAUCUGAGUGGAGCCCGUGUUCAGUGCCAUGUGGGGUGGGCCAGCGCAGCAGGGAGGUGGUGUGUGUGAGCAACCAGGGUGAUGUAGAGGAGGAUGAGGAGUGCAACAUGAACCUCAAGCCAGACACACUACAGAACUGUGACAUGGGAGCCUGUGCACGUAGCUGGUUCACCUCCCUCUGGAGCCAACGGUGCUCUGCAGAGUGUGGUCGAGGCAAUCGAACCCGGAUGACAGUUUGCCUGAUAGAUCAUGUGACCGAUCUCCCAUUGGACAGCUGCGAAGGGGAACGCCCACCAGAAGUGACAUUGUGUGACUCAGGGCUCUGCCAGAACCGCCUGGAGUGGUACACUGGACCCUGGAGUCAGUGUUCUGCCGAGUGCGGGAAUGGCACACAGACCCGGAGUGUGGCUUGUAUUUUCAACAACAAUGGUCAUAUGGAGGUUGUUGAACAAGCCAAAUGUUCCAGUCUCUCUCAGCCAAUCACAGCUCAGCCCUGCAGACUAAAGCCAUGUGGUGUCCAGUGGUAUAUCACAGAGUGGAGUGUGUGUUCACGCUCCUGCAAUGGUGGCUACCGUGUGCGAGAGGUGCGUUGUCUUGCCGACAACAUUGUCCCAAGCGACAGUUGUGACCCCAGUUUGACCCCAGAGGGCCGAGAAGAAUGCAACAAACAACCUUGUUUAGCUGAGAUAAAUCCAUCAUGUAGCGACCAGUAUCAUAACUGUAUGGUGGUGGUUCAAGCCCGACUCUGCAUUUACCCUUACUACAGAAGUGUCUGCUGCACCUCCUGCUCCCAUGCCCAGAAAACAUAUCCCGACGCAUUUCAAAAGAAUCACAUCCACAGGUGAUGCUGCCUCAGGAAGGUUAAACAAUUCAAUCUGAAAAAACAGCACUGUGAAAAUGCCACCUAUCUCUGUUUGGAGAGUGCCUCAGUAUGUGGGAAUGUAGAGCAUGGUUUAAUAUUCAGUCACUCAGUCUUCAACAGACUAACUGACUGGGUAAUCAGCUGCUUUCUUCUAUUUUGUGAACACGGCCACAUACACCACCACCGUCUGAAUACUGAGUUAGAGUGAGAUCCUGUUAAAUCUGGAUGAAGAAUAAAUUUAAACUAUCUUAAUCUCAUGACAACACACACACAAACACAUACUUUUGUAAGAUUUUUACUAUGUGUAGGUUUAGAGAGUGUUUUCAUUCUCAGUGUAACUUUAAACUGGACUGGUCCCAUUUGGUGAUGUACUUGUAUAUUUAUACUUAAUAAAGGGUGUAUAACUUCUGGUAGUUAGCUGUUGUUUGUUGUAUUAUUACAUAUGUUACAGACAAUAUUUAAUGGUUUGAUGUUUACAUGAUAUUGAUUGUUGUCUCAAUCCUCCAUUGUAGGGUAUUAAGAUUUCAAAAUGUUGAAAAAAACAAUCUGAAACGUGAAAAGCAAAAUACAAUUCAUAAAACUGAACUUAAAUAGCUAAUAGUAAAUUUAUAUCCCAAAGCAACAUGUGUGCUGCUGGGGAAUAAAGGUGGAAAUGUACUGCUGUGCCAGUUGUUGCUGGCAGGAAUCUUAUGAAUUCAACACACAUUAAAGGAUAGGGUCACAAUUUUUCCAUCUUUAAACAAUAGUCAGGUGCCCAUAUUGCAUGUAAAUUGAAACAAUUUAAGUGAUGGGGGACAAUAUCCACAGUCCUCAUUCUGUGUUAAACUAUAUUCAAAAGUUUAUCUGAAGUUGAUA